AUGGGGCUUUUGCGCAAGUCGAAAAAGAAGACGAAGCAGAAAAGCGGGUUUUCGUCUUCAUCGUCUUCUUCCCCUGCGGGAAGCGAGGACGGCGAGAGAGAGUUGAGUGUCCCACGCCCCGGCGACAGCGACGCCGCCCCAGAGAAACCUCCAGAGCCGCAGGAGUCCCUGCCUUUCGAGCCUUUGACCCUUCCGCGGGUCGCUCAGCAGUCGGGCGAUCCGCAGCUGCUUCAGCAGCUCUUUAUUCAGCAGAACAUGCUUCAGCAGCAGAUUCUGACGCAGCAGGAAGAACUGAAGCGGCAAUGGCGGCACCAGCGCGACGCAGCGGGCAAUAGAGAGCGCGGCCGCAGCGGAAGAAAAAAACGACAGGGGGGGGGGAAACGGCAGAACGGGAAUGGCGCCGAUACAGCCGGAGCCGAGGCGGAAGCGCGCCGACGAGAAGAGGAACGGAAAGCCAGGGAAGAGCGACUUGUCGCACAGAUCAAAGAGCUCGAAGCGCAGAUAAAGGAGAUGCAAGAGACGCAGCAGAAAGAAAAACGGGAGUUGGAGGAGGAGCGACGCAGGGCGGCAGGGAUUGCAAGCGAGCCACGCGAAGAACGUCCCAAAGCCGACGUCGAGGAACACGACCAGGUUCUGACUCGGCUACAGUUCUCCGUGGUUCACUGCUCUUCAUUCCAGCCACCGUAUACGCCCGAAAAUCUCACCCCGCAGGCGUCGAAGACAAAUGGAAAAGGGUGGCAAUCUGCUCCCCACUGUGCCUAUCCACAGGAGAUAGGUCUCGCUCUCGAGGGGCCUUCGCAAAUCAAGUUUUUUCAACUGCUCUCUCACGAGACGAAGAUCGCCCGCAAAAUCGAACUCUGGGUGGCAAACGCGCCCUCUCCUUCCAGCCUCCGCCAAGCCUCGCCGUCUCCGCCACUCGUUGCCGCUUCGCCGCCUUCAUCCUCUCCCCCUGCUGUUUCUGCGCUUGCGGAGGGAUAUCAUCGAGCCCACUUCACUCGCUUGGGGUACCUCCGCCUCAGUUCAAACGUCGCCUCUCGCCACCGCGCGCGCGAGCUCAAGAGCGUCAACCUGCCUCAGUUCUUCGAUUGUUUAUACGUUAAACUCGUCCUUGUCGCGCCGCAUGCUCUCCCUGAGGUCAAUUCCGCUUGCCAAGUUAGUUUGAUCGCGCUGAACUGCCUCGGCGUGCCUGCGCCGAGCCGCGCCGCGCCUUGGCUUCAGUCCCCGCGCUGGAAUGCAGAGGAGGCGCGCGCGAUGGACCAAGAUCUUCUCAUGCGAAAAGGCCUCUGCGGACCUUCGUCGUCUACUCCGGCGCACGGGCGCGCGCUCUCUUCGGGAGCUGGCGGGCCUCCAUGCCGGCUUCUCAGCGCCUACCUUCGCGAGAAGGAGAGUCUUCUCGCGUCCGCCAAGACGAAGUUCGUCGCCGAAGAGAACUUUGCCGCCGCUGUUCUGGUGCGGCGCGCCCUGGACAAACUGGCUCAGGCCAAGCCGCACAUUGAGCGGCUGGAGAAGCAGGAACAGCAAGCAGCAGAAAGAGAAGACUUUGAGGAGGCGCGCCGUGCAAAAGCUCAACUCCUGUCCUGGCAGCUCUGCGUGAAGAAGACCGUUGCAGCUGCGCUCUGCAUGCCCGAGGACCCGCUCUUGGCGGCCGAAGAGCGCGAGGAAAAGCUGCUGCUGAAGGACAGCAGCCUGAUUGAGCACCUCGCCCAGAAUCUUCCUGCGUCGGCGCACGCUCUUCCGUCAUGCGCGGACAGCCCGCUUGAUGAGGCGGUCGCGCCACGCUGCCCGUGCGACCCCCGGCGUCUGCUGGACGACCGAUCGUCUCCGCUCCGCUCGCCAGGCCGAGGCAACAGCCGCGACCGUCGGAGGGACUGUGCCCUCGCCGUCUCUGCCGACUCGGCGGAGAGAGAGGCGCACGCAGAGCGCGAGCGGGAGGGCGAAGAUUCGCGGGAGACUCCACCCCCGCCUGUCUCGCUCGACGACAUGCCAAUUUGCCCGAUGCGAUCCGAUCGACAGAGACUCUUGAUGCUGCUGGCGACUACUGGCAGGGAAGAGAGCCCCCCCCCGCCCGGCGAGGCCUCCGCGCUGGAGACGACCCUACAGCCAGAAGAUGAAGCCGACGCAUCGCUGCUUUUCCCGUUCUUCUCGCGAGACGUCGUGCUGGCGCUGUUCGCGGCGGACAUUCAAACGCGGUGUGCCGCGCAGGAAACCGUUGUGCGGGAGAUCAAAGAUCGCCCAAACAUGGUCACCGGCGAGCUCUUCUUCGCUCUGUGCCCCUUGAUACGGCGAGCCUUUGCGGAUAAAACACUCAAGGUAUUUCUUGGAGGUUCGCGGCUGCUGUCUCUGUUCGCGGAAGCUCCGGCGCUCCACGCGCGCCACUUCCUGUCUGCGCCGGUUCGAGGCAUUCUCCACGAGUUGCUCCUUCGCGUCGGGAGUGUGUUUUCCGAUCGCGCGCGGAAACUGCUCCUUCUCCUCUGCAGCUGUCAUCCGGAGUUGAAAGACGUGCUUGCGCGGGAGGUCUUUGACAGUCUGGUCGCCUCCUGCGGGGCGUUCGCAGCGACCUCCGACGCCCUAAACUUGAGUGCGGCCGGUGGAGCUCGGCGAGGCGCGGGCGCAGACGCCGCAGGCGAUAUCGAGGCAGCAGACAGCGAGAAGCGGAGAGCGAUCGAAGCAAAAGGACGAAGAGGGCGAGGAGGCAGAGGAGCGGCUAUCGCCCGCGCAGACGCGCGGCAGCAGCAGCGACCGGGCGCAAAGGCGCCGCAGGGCAGCGGUCAUGCGAUCCCAAUGCAGCAGAAGUCAACAGUCCAGCUCCUCCAGCUUCUGGUUUCGCUGCUUGCUGCGUUCUGCCUCGUCGAGCCUCUGGCGCCCGGCGGCCUGCCUCUCGCGCCGCUUCUUGGGCUCUUGCGCGAGUUGUUUCAGUCGCCGUCAGGCGACAUUCGGGCGUCGGCGGUUCAAAUAACGGCGCUCCUUAUUCUGCAGCUGCCUCACGCUUGGUCGCAGGCGAAAAUCAAACAGUUCAUGGACACGCUGCGCCCCAAGCAAAGAGACAUGAUUGCCGCCGAAGUCGACCGCCUGGAGCACUCUGAGCUGCCCCCGCCUGCGUUGCCGGGGGCCGCACACCCGCCCGCGGCCUCCGGCGCUUCUGACAAGCGCUCCCCGACGAAUGCAAAGACAGAUGCGCGAGAGUCUCCGACCACGAAAAAGAAAAGGCACAAGGAACCUGCGGAGCAAGCCAGCGGGAAGGAGACGCCGCAGUCUGCAGCCGAACAAAAAUCCACAGCCGAGGGUUUGGAAGACGAAGAAGCAACCAAAGGGGACGUAAGGCCUCCGCUUGUUGCGUGUCGUUGCGCUCGUCCUGAGCCUCGUUCGGCUCCUCAAGGCGUAUGCGAGUUCUGUUUGGAGCAUGGGCCGCUGCUUGCGAGUCAAUCUGGAAAAGACACCCAUUUCCUGAAUCAGUGCCCGAUGCUGACCUCGUGUCCGCACUGCCGAAGCAUUGUUGAGGUAUCUUUCCUCUCUGACCAUUUCCUCUCGGAGUGCCCCAAGACUUCGUCCUACGUCCGCUGCAGCGCGUGCCAAACGAUUCUCUUGAAGGCCCAGUUGGCAGGGCACAAACAGCUGGGCUGUCGAGGUCAGAUCGCACACACAGAGGCUCCGCGUCGUCGAGCUCUACUUCCCGCGCUCUUUGUUUUAUUCUGUGUUUGCUCCCGAGGUGUGGCUCACGGGCUCAAGGCGGAUUCGUGCAGAAUGCUUGCGCACCGCGAAUAG